UUAGCUAACUAACGAGUUAAAUAACUAUGACAAACAAGUGGCUCGUGACUCAGCGGAGCGGGGAAGCGGGGUAGAAUCGCUCAGAGCAAUCUGGACUCAGCACAACAGCUACAACAACUCACACAAUCACAGAAGACUCAACCUGGAGGCGAAUCCCGCCAUCUCUAUCAAUUCAAUCCAGACUCUCCCAUGAAGGAUUUCCGUUUACUUGGUCCAACCGACAACCCCAGACUAAACCAUUGUUGCGACCCAGGAUAUGCCGCACGGUCCACGGUUCUACAAAAACACCCUGACCACCCCGGAAAUCACCCAAGAGUUGCUUCAAGAAACUCUUGUCAAUCUCCAGACAGCAGUACACAAUGGCGUGCAGUUGAUUGAAUCGAAGCAUCCUGCGGGCGAAGAUGACGAGCGCGGGAUCUUCAGCGGGGAUCUGGGAAUCGCCCUCGCAUACCUCCGCCUCGCACACCAAUCCCCAUCCCUGACGCCACCAAACCACAACGCACGAUCACCCGCCGAAUUCCACUCGCUAGCCGACUCCCGAAUCCCCAGCGCUCCCUCCUCGCAUAAUCUCGCCAUCGGCCUUCUUUCCCCUCUCGCAUCGCAAUCGCCCUUAUCUUCCGCGACACUGCGCAUACUACACCAUCUGUCAUCGGGAACUGCACGGGAUAUCCUCGACGCGGACCUCGUUGUCCUCCGCAAUGCGGUCAAAAUGGCCCUUGAGCAUGGUGCGACGGGGAUGUACCAUGGCCAUGAGCUUGGGGCAGAUGAGGUGCUGUUCGGGCGAGCAGGACUACUAUGGACAUUGCUGAACAUCCGACAACGGGCGGUGGAAGGAAAGGAAGUCUUCGAUCCAAAGCAGAAGGGAUUGCUCGCCGGGGCUUUGGGAGAUGACAUAGUUGGGCGAUUGAUUGAGGUUAUUGUGAGCGCGGGGCAGCAAGGUGGUGCGGAGUGCCAGAGGAUUCUAGGGGAAAAGGGCCAGAGCCCUCUUGGAGAUAGGGAUUCGCAGGUUAUGCCCUUGAUGUGGGUAUGGAAGAAGGGGUAUUAUGGACUUGGUUGGGCCCAUGGACUAACUGGGAUCCUCUCCAUCCUCCUCUCAACACCCACCAAAUUCGUGACACCACACCUCGCAUCAAUAGCUGCCACAAUAAAGGUCCUCUGUAACACAUGCAUAGCCGAGAAUGGCCAUCUCCCGACAGGCAUCCCACCACAUUCCACGCCACCGCAUCUAGUGCAGAUUUGCCACGGUGCCCCCGCCCUCCUGUCUUUGAUGGCGUGCGCGCUGCGCGUUCCCGAGCUGAUCCAGACCCACUGGACGCCAGAAUGGGAUACGGCGAUUCAUCUCGCAACUCAGCGCGUGUGGGAAGAGGGGCUACUUGUCAAGGGUGGUGGACUGUGUCAUGGGAUUGCCGGGAAUGCCUGGGCGUUCCUUAUGCUCUAUCUUUCUUUCGAGGAAAAUGCGGGUGUUCUGGAAGAAGUGCGCAGGAAGUACUCUGCGCCUACUGGCGACGUCAAUGUCAAUGCUGAUGUGGAAAGCGGUACGGAUGGUACUCUGACACCCGAUUUCUUCCUCUCCCGCGCCCUGGCGAUGCUCCUGCACGCACGCGAAACGCAGCCGUACAAUACGGGGCCCGAGAGGGCGUCGAAGGAAUACCGCAUGCCGGAUCACCCGUAUAGUCUUUUCGAGGGGUUGGCGGGGACGCUCUGUGCGUGGGCCGAGGCAUGCGUGGUUCUCCGGGGCAGAUUACAAAAGAUUGAGCUGGAACAAAGGAGCACGGGUGUAAACGAGGAUCCUGUUAUGCAUGAAUUCAGGAAACAGGAGCUUGGAUUUCCGUUUCUAGGAGGGAAUGGUGUGACGGGUCUACUCUAAGCGUGAACCAAGUGCCAAGAUUAAAAAGCUUAAGCAAAAAGUGGUUUAAAAGUCGACUGAUGUGCCGGGGUUUGCGAACUGGGUCAAAGUACAUGAUUCGAUAGUUAGUGAGGUUAAUCUAUCUAGGUCUAAUCCCCUUCCUACAGCGUGCGGCACCCGGUAACCCUACUGCGAAGGGGAGCCGAACCGACCCGGAACCCUCGCGCUCCUUAGCUUCGGCACUUGAUCGAGUACCAGACCUACUGCCAGGCCAAUACGGUCUAAGCAAGCAACUGCCCAGCCCUCCACAAAAGCCCAAAACAGCACGCAUUGGCCGUCCACCAACAAACCCCGCGCAACUGACUCAACCUCUCAUACCCGGUCGGAACAAGGACAUAAACAGCCGCAUAAGCGAUCCUAACCAGGGUAUACCCAACAACAGCCCGAUUCACAGCGACAUUUUCGACCCCCGCGAACCCCGCAACCGCAACCGCCCCAACAAGCAACGCGUAAUUCUCCACCGCGUUCGCAUGCGCGCUCUCAUUCCGCUUCAGCAUCUCGAGCUGCGCGCGUGUGAUUUUCCCACUCGACACCGCGGCAUCGCCGUAUUUCGUUAGGUCUUCGCGCGGCGAGGAGUUGUGGUCGAUCCCGUAGUAUUGCUUCAGUGUGCGCGAGGAGAGCAGGCCGUAGGCGAAGAUGAAGUUGAAGAUUAGUGCGUACGGGCCGUAGUGCGGGAUUGGGGUCCCGAGGGGUGGUGUGGUUAGGCCGAGGUGUGUGAGGAGGGACAUUUUAUCGGUAUGGUAUGGUAGUUGUUGUGUUGGAUGUUUAGGUAGGUUGUGGAGAGGUUACCGCCGGAAUCAAGGUUGGGACGGAGCUGAGGUGGGGUGAGCUUAACAAUUUAUACCACGGGCCGUUGGGCCCACACGGACU